AUGGUCGGAGUCCCCCAUAGCACAGGCUGCUCGCUGUGCCGCGAAAGACGGAUCAAGUGCGACGAGGCCGUCCCCCAAUGCUCGCAAUGCCGGAAAUACGGCCGCCCGUGUCCAGGCUACCGCCGCACCUUUCGCUUCCAAGAUGAAGGACCAGCCCUCCAACGACGGCAUCAGUCGCGGUCCCAGUCUCGCAGACGUCCAGAGACAACCACAGAUGCGGCAGCAGCGGCAGCAGCCGCCGUUCGCAACAACGCGAUCGCAAUGAUGCGCCAAACGCGCUCAGAGGACCCCUCCUCCGCCGCCCAAACCCAAACCUGCCUCCACCAAAUGCAGCUUCAAAUGCAAAUGCAACUCCAACAACCACACCUCUUUGCCUCUUUCCUCCACUCCGCCUUUCCCACGCUCUACACCUCCAACCUCUUCCGCGCGCACAACCGCCCCGACUUCCUCGCGCACGUCGCCUCCUCCUACGCCUCCGGUGCAGCCCCUACCUCGCCGCCACCCUCGCCUGUCUCACAUCCAUCUACACCGCGCAGUUCUCCCCCGAUCCAGCGCAGUACACCCGGCGCAGCCGCCAGCUCUACCAUCAUGAUGCUCGCGGUGUACGAGAUGUACGCGCGGACCUCGCCGGACGCGUUCGUCGUGCACGUUGAUGGUGUAAGGAGGAUUAUGCUCGCGAGGGGGCCGGGUCUGCACUUCACCGACGACAACGACGACCAACAACAACAACACACUCCCACCAGCGCCACCAGCGAACAACCACCAGCUACCGCCGGUGCUAGUGCGGAAGGACCCGGCUUCGCGCGCGGCUGCUACAUCGCCUUCCGCGGCUUCCUCGUCGCAACCGCCAUCUACGAGGGGCGCGCGUGUUUCCUAGACGAGGACGAAUGGCUGCGGUUUGCGGGGAGGAUCCGCGCCGAGGAUGUGCGCAAGGCGGGGCGCGAUGCGCGCGUGGUGGAUGUUUGUGAGCGGAUUUGGAUGGAGGUUGUGCGGUGUCCGAGGUAUUUUGCGGAGGCAUUGCCGGAGGGAGAGAACCACCCGGUGGAGGGUGAGGGCGAGGAGGUGGACGAGGGGUUGGUCGCCAGGUGGUCGAGGGGAUACUGGCCCCGGGCUCCUCCUGCAGGGGCGGAGGAUAUGGUGGCUGCGUUGCAGAGCCUGCUGGUUUGGCUUCGGGUUGGUCGGCGACGACAAGGAGGGUUCCGCGUGGUGUCUGACUUCCAGCGCGGUGUGUCGAGUGCGUCGAGCGAGGCUUUGCCUGUCACCUGGCUGGACCGGGUGGCGUCUUCGAUGGGGGUGAUUGGGUUGAGGAUUAUCUGGGGAGGAUAG